ACUAGAUAUGCUUAUAAAAUAUAGAAAUAGUGAUAAUGUUAUGCGAUAAACACUUACUUGCACUAUUUAACGGAGUGAGUAUCGCCCCAUCCUCCAAAACAUUCCUGAGGAAUGUCAACUCUAACUUAAUUUUAUAUAGUUAAUAAAUAAACUAUCAUGACAGAUUCUUUAUCUCUGAAAGUGCAUAGCGAUUCUCAAAUUGAAGAUAGUCAAAACCUACAACAACUGGACAAACCUAUAUCUGAUCUCAUUAUCCUUGAGGUUCGAAGUCAUUAUAGCAAUACCACAGAACUUGCUGAUGCUAUUGGUAUUCCAAAGUGUGAACAGGAGGAAGGGUUAUAUGACCUUUUUAAGGAACUUGAAGAUCAGAAUAUUGAAAGAAACAACUUUAUAUAUCAAAUUAAAAAUUCAAAUGAGGACGCAUAUGUCAGGGAGUUUAUACAUCAGUUUGAUACUCACUAUUAUAAUCCGUACCAAGACCCUCGUUUACAUUCGUCUGAAUUAGACCGCCAGCAAACUGCUCAAUAUCUUUAUUGGAGGGCAGUGCAUGCAGAUUUGAGGAAUCACGACGCAUAUCACGGAAUAUAUUGUGGUCAAAUUAUACGAGAGCUUCCAUCGAUGCAUUAUCAUUGGGAAAAAUGUCUUGAUAAUUGUAUACAUAGGUCACUAGAUCUAGUCACAGUUGAAAAGUAUCGUGAAAUUUUGUUCGAACUUCAAGAAGAAAAUUCUAUUCAGCUACAACGAAAUGAAGAGAUCUUACUCGAAUUUCAAGAACAUAUUCGGAACCAGAGGCAGUAUUUCCGUGACAUAUCAAAUAAACUUAAGGCCCGAACCCUUAGUCAGGCUGAAGAAUAUAAGAACAUUAAAGCAAAACUUGAAGAUAAGACCCGAGUUCUGGUUCAGCAAUAUUGUGAUAUUAUCCUUAAGCUUCAAGCUCAUUCUCGUUUACAUCGUGACAUUAUACAGAACAGGAAGGUAAGGCAUGUCAACAGAUUCAAUAUUACAAUGAUCGUUUAUUUGAGCUUAGUCUGUGGAAUCACGAUCAACUUUUGACUUACCGGGACAUUCUAACCAAGCUUCAAGCCACUUCAAAACAAUCAAACCCAUUUGAUCUCAGUGAGACACUAGAGCAGCCACUAUGAUAUUGGUAUGGUACUGUUACGUGUUGUUGGGGCUUUUUAUAUGCCAUGAAAUUCCCAAUAUGGAUUGAGGC